GAGAGCUACCACACUAGUGAUUGGUUCCAUCAUUCUCUUUUUACUAUCAAUUUUUCUCUAAUUUUAGUCUACACUAUGGCUGAAACUCAGUCACUAACAAAAUCACAAAAUCCCCACAUAGUCAUACUACCAACUCCUGGUACGGGUCACCUAAAUCCUCUUGUCGAAUUCGCCAAACGACUUGUUUUACAACACUACUUCUCUGUUACUCUCAUUCUUCCUACAGAAGGGCCAAUCUCUACUUCUCAAACUACUUUCCUUAACGCCCUUCCCUCUGGCAUUAAUUAUCUCCUUCUUCCACCAGUUAACUUCGACGACUUGCCCCCCGACGUUAACAUUGUGACGCGCAUUUGCCUUACUAUUACCCGUUCUCUUGCUUCUCUUCGUGAGGUUCUUAAGUCACUUGUUGAAUCAAAGAAAGUAGUGGCUUUAGUGGUUGAUCUUUUUGGUACUGAUGCUUUUGAUAUGGCCAUUGAGUUUAUGAUUUCCCCUUAUAUGUUCUAUACUUCAACGGCUAUGAUGUUGUCGCUAGCUUUUUAUUUACCAGAGCUUGAUAAAACUGUUUCUUGUGAGUUUAAAGACUUACCAGCUGUUCAUAUUCCAGGUUGCAUACCUGUACAUGGGAAGGAUCUUCCCGACCCAGUUCAUGACAGGAAAAAUGAGGCUUACAAAUGGGCUCUUCACCAGACAAAGAGGAAAAAAAUGGCGGAGGGCAUAAUUUUGAACAGCUUCAGCGACUUGGAACCUGGAGCUAUUAAGGCUCUACAGGAUAAAGAAGCUGGUAAUUAUAAGCCAACCAUUUACCCAGUUGGACCAGUUAUACUAAUGGAUACAAGUAGCAAAGUUGACGAUGAGUUACAAUGUUUGAAAUGGCUUGAUGAGCAGCCACGUGGAUCAGUACUCUAUAUUUCAUUAGGCAGUGGUGGGACCCUCUCACAUGAGCAGCUAAUUGAACUAGCAACAGGGUUAGAAAUGAGUGAACAAAGAUUCUUAUGGGUAAUAAGAUGUCCAAAUGAUAGAAUUGCUAGUGGUACAUACUUUUAUGUCCAAAAUUCAAGUAACCCUCUUGAUUUUUUACCUAAUGGGUUCUUGGAAAGGACCAAGAGGCUAGGUCUGGUACUACCCAAUUGGGCACCACAGGCUCAAAUUCUUAGUCAUGGCUCAAUUGGUGGAUUUUGGACUCAUUGUGGAUGGAACUCGACUUUGGAGAGUAUGAUUCAUGGUGUUCCACUUAUUGCUUGGCCUCUUUAUGCAGAACAACGACUGAACGCGGUGUUGUUAAAUGAGGGUUUAAAAGUGGCAUUGAGGCCAAAAAUUGGUGAUAAUGGUAUUGCAGGGCGAUUGGAAAUUGCUGAAGUGGUGAAAGAAUUGAUGGGAGGUGAAGAAGGAAGAGAAGUGCGUAGAAAAAUGAGAGAGCUACAAGAUGCAGCAGCAAUGGUGUUGAAUGAAGAUGGUUCUUCAACUAAAGCACUAGCUGAACUUGCUUCUAAGUGGAAGGAGGUGUCACAUGAUUAAUUAUAAUGUCGGCUCCAUUAGCUGUCACAUGUCCAUGUUGUUAUUCAGUUUGGUAACUUCGAUUUAUUUCACUUGAAUAGAGUUGUAAUUUUCUUUUUUGACUUUAAAGAUCGAG